AUGUCGCGGGCGGCGGGCGGCGAGUGCCGCAAGGAAGCGGCGGGCUGGGAGGGCGAGGACGGGCAGUGCGACUCGGGCAUCGAGUCGCUGCGCUCGCUGCCGGGCGGCCGGGAGACCCCCGCCGCGCCCGAGGGCCCCCCUGCCGCCCCCGAGGAGACCCUCGCCGAGGCCAGCGCCGCCGAGGAGCGGCUGGAUUCCAGCUACGGCUCCGGCGCCCUGCCCGAAGCUCUGCCCGGGCUGCCCGGGGCUCCGGGGGGCCGCCCCGAGGAGCCGCCGCCCCGGGCCGAGGGGCUGAGCCGGCAGCAGCUGGAUGCCCUCACCUACCUUUCGGAGGACGGCGACACGUUGGUUCAUCUGGCCAUUAUCCACUGUGUCCCAGCUGUAGCACUCUGCUGCAUCGCUCAGCUACCCAGGGAGGUGCUGGAGAUCCAAAAUGAUCUUUUCCAGACCCCGCUCCACCUCGCUGUGUACCUGGAGCAGCCCAGCGUGAUCCAGGCACUGAUCCACAAGGGAGUGAACCCCGGGCUGCAGGACCGUAAUGGCAACACCCCUCUGCACUUGGCCUGCGAGCAGCAGCACCUGCAGUGUGCCCAGCAGCUGCUGGAGGGCCCAGCCACGCCCGAUGGCUCAGCUCAGCCCCGUGGGCACCAGCAGGACCUGCAGCUCCAGAACUGGCAAGGCUUGGCCUGUCUGCACAUCAGUACCUUGAAAGGGAACAUCCAAAUGAUGUCUCUGCUGCUGGAGAGCGGCGCCAACAUUGAUGUUCGGGAGGGCACGAGCGGGAAGACCCCGCUGCACCUGGCUGUGGAGUGCCACAACCGUAGGGCUGUCCAGUUCCUGCUGCACAAGGGGGCCUUCGUGGAUGCCCAGAUGUACAACGGGUGCACUCCGCUGCACCUGGCCGUGGGCCGCAAGGAUGCCGCCAUCGCCGCCAUCCUCUCACACUCUGGGGCUGACACCCUGCUGAGGAACAUGGAGAACGAGACAGCUCAGGACCUGGCCGAUGGCAACGAUGAUCUCCUUGCCUUGCUGCCCUUCGAUGACCUGAAGAUCUCAGGGAAGCCUGUUGUGUGCUCUGAAUGAGCAGAUGGACUCCUUUGGCCCGUUGGGCUGCCUCCUUCCUCUGUGCUGCUGCCUGCUGCCCACUAGGAUGUUCUCUGCCUGCAGUUCAGUGGGAGCAGAGACACUCUGGGGGACUUGCCCCACUGCCCCUCCCCUCUUUGGAAGAGUUUUGUUUGCCUCAGGCUGCCUUCCCAGAUGGAAGAAGGUGGCAUUAUGAGCACUACACAGGGGAUGCUUUUCUUUUAGAAUCUGUGCACUGCAGCAGGACUGAAUUUCCCCUCCCUGCCAUGGGUAUGACUUGUGGGGAUCUCCAGCAUGCACAGGGAAGGAGCAGGAGAGGACUCAUUUUCACACUGUAGGUCGGACAGAGCAUCGUCUGGCACCCCAUCAGAAUCAGUGUGGGGUGAGGAGAGUCAACCCUCACUCUAAUAAAUGUUGUUGCUGUGGGCACCAGAGGCCUCAUGUGAUCUAACCCACCCCACAGCAGGAGACUGCACAUCACUGCGGGGGCUUGGGGACCUGAGGGCUUCGGGGCUUUCCCCAGCCUGCUCCCUCAGGUCCUGCACACCGCAGAGGGUGAGUGGGAGCACAGGGCCUUCCCCACCUGCAGAGCCUUUCUGGUGCUCAGGGCAUCCCAGCAAGGUGCUCUGUUCCCAUGCUGUCUUGCUGAACACCUGACAGGAGAAAGAGCUGAGAUAGGAGAUGCUGAAGACUGGGUUGUGGAUCCCUGCUUCUGCCAUUGUGCCUGACACCUUGCUGCUUUGCUGUGCUGUUGUUUCCUCUUUCACAGAGGACAGGAAGAUCCUGCCCCCUCUCUUGCCUUGGAAGGGGGUUAAAAAGCUUAGGGUGUGGGUCUUCCCUGGGUUUUAGAUCCUCCCAGGCUGAAAGUGGAAGAGGUGGCAGCAUUAUCUUCCCAUCCCUUUGGUUAUUCAGCUCACCACCCUUCCCUGCCACUUACUUUUCCAGCCAGAGGAGCACAUGCAGUGCAUUAGGAAAUCAGCCAAAGGUGCUGUGGGAAUGGAGGCAAAGAUGACUUACCCCAUCUCAGCCAGGAAGAUUCCUCACUUGUUGCUUGGGAGCAGCUGCUAUUGUUUGGGACAAAUACUGGAUGGUGCAAUCGACCAGGAUGCUCUGGAGUGAGCUCUUGUCUUCUUCCUCCCUUGUAAGGGAAUGCUGCCAGGAAAGCAACAUAAGGACCCCCCAGGCCUCUGGACCCUGCCUGGUCUCCUCAGCCGGGAGACUCCUGGGCUGGAUUGCUCUGUUUCUUUGGAAUCUUUGCCUCUCACCUUCUGGCAGGGCCUCAACCGUGAUGCAAACCCAUGGGGCUCUUUCAAGGACAUUUUUCACAAGGGACAUGAGGCACUUCCAGGCUGCCCAAAGAAGCAAAGACAGAUGUUGCAGGGCAGUGUGGGAUGGUGUGGCCUGGGCUGUAGCUGGGAGCAAAGGGCAAAGGCAGAAAAAAGUGAUCUGCACUUUUUUUGUUUUGUUAUUUUAAAAUAAAACUGUUUGUUUUAAAAA